UCAAAAAUGGGUUUAGGUUAUUGAAAAGAAAAGUUGAUUUGGGUUUACGUUUGGUGCUGGGUGAGAAGUCCUUAGGUUCUUCACGGUCUCGAAUCAAUCGCUCAGGCGGUUUCCGUCCUUAGUUUUCACGGCAAUCGAUUGUCAAGCUUCUCGUUCCCAAAGGUUUUGCUGGAAAUUACUUGCGUUGCGGUCGGUUUGUUUAUUGACUUCUGAAAUUUUAGCAAAUGAUAGUUAUCUUCCCAAUUACAGAUGCUAAUGUAGUCAUCGACUGUUCUAUAUAUAGUCUGAUUUAACAAUGCGACAAUUCGUCGUCUAAGAUUUUGAUUUAUUGUUAUUGAGACCGAAUUUGCAUAAUCUUGUAACAAUGCUGCGACAAAUCCUUUUGCAACGUGCUAGGGACCAAAAUAAUCUACUUCAGCGAUUUACUCUGCAGAGAGGAAUUCACAGUAGAAAUAAGAAGGCAAAGGAGUACAUAGCCAAAGGUUGGAAUGCAUUGAAGGAAGUUGAUAGAGUAAGGGAUUAUUGGGACUACAAUGACGUAAAGUUGAUUCCUUUCCUACGGACGGCAAAGGAGAAUUUUGAGUUGGCCCUGGAGGUUGACAAUUCAAAUACACAAGCUAGAUACUUUUUAUCAAAGUUACAUUUUAAAUAUCAUACACCUGGGGCAUGUGUAGCUGUAGGGGCUGCUUUAUUGGUUGAAGCUGCAGACAUGGGUGAUCCAGAUGCACAAUAUGAACUAGGUUGUAAGCUUAGAGUUGAUAAUAAAUAUGUUCAGUCGGAUCAGCAAGCAUUUUACUAUUUGGAGAAGGCUGUUGAUCAGCUUCAUCCAGGUGCUCUUUACCUUCUAGGAGCUGUGUUUUUGACUGGUGAUUGUGUGAAGAAAGAUGUCGCAUCAGCCAUAUGGUGCUUCCACAGAGCUUCAGAAAAGGGACAUGCUGGUGCAGCUAUAAUAUAUGGAUCCCUUCUUUUACAAGGUGUUGAAGUACCAGAAGUUAUCACAAAAUUUGAAAGAAAGAGAAGCCACCAGACAAAACCAGCUCUGGUAAUUGAUGAUAUAACUAGAGUCGAAUUGGCAAAGGAGAAGUUUGAAAUGGCUGCAAGAGCGGGAUGUGAGCUUGGGUUCAAGUGGUUAGACAGAAUCGAUAAGGAGAAGAAUAAGUUACAAUCGUCUACGGAAUAACCUGAGAAUUGUUUGGUGAAUUCACUUGGUCACAGCUUUGUUAUGAAUAGUAGUAUUUUUCAUAGAUGUGUUAUAAUUUGAUUUAAGCAAGCUCAGAAUAGUUAUCAAAUAUAAUAAAUGUUCUGACUAUAACUUGUAAUUGGAAUUAUUCUGACUAUAGCUUGUAAUUGGAAAUUUGAUGGUGAAUUGUUGGCAAAAGCCUAUUUUAGACCAAAAACACACAUGGUUGAUUUUUUUAUU